AUGGCUCGACCAGCAACCGUCGCAACGGCCGCCACUAAAUUUCUCCAAAUUACCAUCAGUGUCAGCAAAACCGUCUACCCCAUCAUUCUCGCUGCAUGGGCACGCGCGCCUUUUCUCCCUCUCUUGGCCGCCUCAGCUGUACAAGCUAUGCUUACGCUGCAAGGCUCGGCUCUGCUAGAGUAUAGCUUCGCGCUUGUCGGAUUUGAUCACGCUAAACCCGACAGCCGGCGGUAUCCUUUGACGAAGAGCUGGGAGUACGGACUCGGAAUUGCGCUGAUGCCUGAAAUCAUGGACUGA